AUUGAUCUAAAUAAAUAAAUAAUUAAUAGAUUAAUAGUGAGAUGGUGAUUCCUCCUAUACACAUCACCGCACCCUUCGUUCCAAAUCCAAUAAGAUCUGCAUGCGUACACCACAACAACUACAUUCCACCCUCGUCCUUUCCUUUAAACCAAAGAAAGCAAGCAGGAAAUCUAUUAAGAAGAUGAUCCAUUAUGCUCCUCUUGGAAGAUCGCCGCUGAGCCAACCAAGGUUGGAUCAGACUCCUCAAGCUUCUUCCGCUUCGGCUUCUCAGAUGAUAGACUUCACCCUUCCUCCUCCUCAUCCACUUGAACCUUCUAAUUCAGUAUCAGCAACACCACAAGCCAUAUCAAACCCCUCCACUACUCCAUGUUCUGCGUGUAUGCCUGGCCGCAGCGCCGGAUUCAUCAAGAUGAGGAAGAAGAACAAGAAGAAAAAUAACAGUUAUGGCAAUGAUGAAAUGGCGAAUGCUGAUAAUAAUAAUAAUAAUAGUGAUAAUAAUAACGUUGUGAGGACGAAGAGCAGCAAGAAGAAGAGAGGCAAAGGAGGGAGGACGAGGGAGCCGAGGUUUUGCUUCAAGACGAUGAGCGAUGUGGAUGUGCUGGACGACGGCUACAAGUGGAGGAAGUACGGACAGAAGCUCGUCAAGAACACCCAGUAUCCAAGGAGCUACUAUAGGUGCACGCGAGCAAAUUGUAGGGUUAAAAAGAGGAUCGAACGGUUGCCAGAGGAUCCGAGGAUGGUGAUCACGACGUAUGAGGGGAGGCAUAUACAUUCUCCGCCGCAUGAUGAGGAUAAGGAACAAGAUUUGGCCAAGAUUAGUUGGUUCUGGUAGUUCUCUUAACUGAUAAAUUGUGAGACAUAUAUAUUUACUUCUUGUUUGGUUAAUUAAUUAUAUAUGCAUGUAAAUUUCUUAAGAUGUCUUGUUGUUGUGUUUUUCUAAUUCUUUGAAA